AUUUACCUUUUUAGAGACUAUGCAACAGGUGGAAUGUGUCCAAGUAAAGCAGCAGUAUCGGGAAAAACUAUAAUCAUAACUGGAGCAAACACUGGUAUCGGAAAAGAGACUGCUCGAGAACUGGCCAGCAGAGGUGGCAGAAUUAUAAUGGCAUGUCGAGAUAUGGAGAAAUGUGAAACAGCUGCUCGAGAAAUUCGAGGUGAAACCCUGAAUCAUGAUGUAUAUGCAAAGCAUCUUAACCUUGCUUCACUUAAAUCAAUUCGAGAGUUUGCCAAACAAGUAACUGAAGAGGAGGAGAAUGUAAAUGUGUUAAUUAACAAUGCUGGUAUUAUGAGGUGUCCUCACUGGAAAACAGAAGAUGGAUUUGAAAUGCAAUUAGGUGUAAAUCACCUUGGUCAUUUUUUGUUGACAAACCUGCUGCUUGAAAAGUUAAAGAACUCUGGAAAUGGUCGCAUUAUAAAUGUAUCCUCACUUGCUCACAAAGUGGGACAAAUUGAUUUCAAUGAUCUCAACUGGGAAAAUAAAAAAUAUGACACCAAGGCAGCAUACUGUCAGAGCAAACUUGCAAACAUAUUGUUUACAAGGGAACUGGCGAAAAAACUUCACAAGUCUCGAGGACACUGCAGACCACUUCUUGAUGGACUUAUGGUCAAAGGUGUUUUUCUUUGCAAAUUUCUCCAUGAAGGACAGGUGAUGUGGAAUGGUCCAACUACUUGGGAGUGUUCUGUGACAAUGGGGCCAGUCCCAUCCUUUGGAACACCAGGGGCAGGUAGAACCUUAAUACAUAAUGACACUUGCUGUUUGUGUACCGAGGGUCUGAUUCCCUUCCCAAAGCCCAUUUUGGAGAACAAGCUCCACGUGUAGGUGUACAUUAUCCUG